AAAAAAGAAAAAAAAAAAAGAAGAAAAAGAGUAGUAGCUGGAAAGAAUCUCAGAUAACUUGUUCGAGUACUCUUAGAAAAAAGAAAUUCUCAUUUCUCAACAAUUCAUGUUUUUGAAUUCAGACAGGAAUCUUAGGAUUGCUUAACUUAUUCUGGUAAUAAAUAUUUUGGAAUAUACCCCAUCUCAAGUUUUCCGUUUUUGAGUUUAUAUGGAGGAAGACAACGAUAAAUCUUGCAAAAGCUACCUCAACAACAAUAUUGCAAAUACCAUGGAGAUAUCCAUAGCAGAGGCUUCUUCCAUGUUUCCCGGGUUUCGAUUUUCUCCGACGGAUGAAGAGCUGAUUUGCUUUUAUCUGAAGCGGAAAAUCGAUGGGUUUGAUAACGGCGUUGAAGUCAUCCCUGAGGUUGAUAUUUGCAGAUACGAGCCCUGGGACUUACCUGCUAGAUCCAUCAUUCAAUCUGAUAGUGAAUGGUUUUUCUUCUCCCCUCGUGGAAGGAAGUAUCCCAAUGGGUCUCAAAGUAAGAGGGCUACGGAUUCCGGCUACUGGAAAGCCACCGGGAAAGAGCGGAAUGUGAAGUCCGGUUCGGUGGUGAUUGGCACGAAAAGGACUCUGGUAUUCCACACCGGCCGAGCUCCGAAGGGACUGAGAACAGAGUGGAUUAUGCAUGAAUAUUGCAUGACUGGAAAAUCCCAGGAUUUGAUGGUUAUUUGUCGGCUUAGAAGGAAUACAGACUUUAAUUUGGAUGAUACAUCACGCAAGAAAUCCCAAUUGGAGCGAAUACGUGAUUUGGGUAAUCAUGCUACAGCUUCAUCUGGCAUUGAACAAAAUAUACCCGACUGCAGUAGCAGCUACAAUUCUCAUUCGGUUGAGCAGAUAGACUCGGGGGUUGAUUCAGAUGAAAAAUUAGCCAAUGGAUUGUGUCAAGAUCAUCAUGCAUCUUCUAGUCACCAUAAGGACUACAAGAACAGCGAAGAGGAUUGUUUCGCCGACAUUAUGCAAGAUGAGAUCAUAAAGCUGGAUGAUCAUUCAGCUUACUUGAACACAGAAAUGUCACGUAUGGUUCUGCCAGAACCCGAGUCAAAGAAGAAGUCUAAGCAGCCGAUUUCACUUCUAGAUGGCCCGUCCCCAGAUCAACCUUUGCAGGGCACAGCAAAUCGAAGACUCAGGCUCAGGAGGCUUAGACCAAAUCCAUUUGGUACCUACAAAGUCAUCCCAAUAACCUCGUCAGCUACACGUUCUAACUCCAAAAUCAGGGGUUUCAAGCUUCUAACUCGGCUGUCUAUCUUCGCAUCUCUAGUGAUACUAGUUUCAAUAAUCUUGCUUGUUCAAUUAACUAAGGAAUGUUAAUCAUGAAGGAUCACUAGUUAGCAGCCUUUGGUUUGUAGUGUACAGCUAAUAUGUGAACCAUAAUGUACAUUAAUCUUCUAAUUCUCAUUUUAGAAUUGCAAAUGCCUGAUUAAAAAAGAAAAGGAAAAGAU